AAUGCGAGAGGGGGGCGGGAGGGGAGACGGGUAGAGGAGAGGGCGGAGUGAGACAGACGUGGCGGGGCGUGGCAUGACGUGGCGAGCCAGCUUGAUAUGGCGUCAUCUGAGAUGGGGCAUGAUGCAGCAUGCGCGGAGAAAGACGGGCGAUUAAGUUACGCCGGGUGAAAGAGAACUAUCUCCGACUUACGGACAAUAAGGAUAGGAUUGGCACCCUCUGUUGUGCUAGAGCGUGACGAUCGUCCGUCCCGGCUCCUCGGCAGCCAGGCCUGAGCCCCACCGCCCGCGUCCCGUCCACGUCGUUCCGCUCCCCAACCCAGCCACCCUGCCCGCCCGCCAGGCAGGCAGCCAGGCGGGCGGGCAGGCGGGCAGUGCCUCCACCUCUUUCUAUAUUUGGCUUUCUCCUCCCAUCGCUCCCACUGCUCGAAGUCACCGAUCCCCGCGGUACCCACCCCAUCCAACCUCACAAGAAUGUCUCUCCACCCGUGGGGCCCGCCCCCAGGCCCCGGCUCCCACCGGAUCCACCAACGAACGCGCCAGCGGAACCGGGAUUCCUGGACGUCCGUCAACGGGAAGGGACGGACAGGCAAAGCUUCCUUCGAAAUCCGGUGCGUACGGUCCCUUCGCCCUUCCAUAUGCGAAGACAGAGCGUCACCGCCUACCGGAAGAUCAGAGGCAUGGACGCGCAUACGGUGUGCUCGUCACCGAGAGACGACUCACGAACGGAAGUUAGAACGUGGAUGAAAACCCACGAUGGUCGGUGACUCCACGAGGUAGAAGCAUGAGUUUGAGAAGUUACCGCGGGGACCAGGAUGUCCCUGUCCGGUAGCCGUGGAUAGGGUUCCGUAGGAUAGGAUGGUACAAGCGCUCUAGACCAUAUCAAGGAGGAUUCGUCUCCCUCCCGGUGACCCGGUCUAUGGCUCCGUCAGCCAGCUUGAAAGGUUCCGUCGGAGCCGGCGACCUCCGGAUUUAUGACAUCGCGUCGUCUUCUUUCGUAUAUGGCUUCAAUUCCAUGGCGGAAGGGCAUGAACGAGGCAAAGCCUUUCCUCUGGACUCGCAUCGACGAAGGAAAGAGCGAAUUUCAAAUGGAAUGUUGAGAUCAAACGGGGAAUUCUCGCUUCAAGGUCGGGUGACACCAAAGCUUCCGUACAUCUCGAUAGUGUUUUCAGGAUUUGUUCUCAUGUUGUUGCUCACGCGAGGAUUUCGACGACAGUCUUCUUCUGGCACCCUGGGGAACGGGGAUGCUUUUUCCCAUUGAGCGGACUCUUUCCCUUUGUUCCUUUUUUUACAAGUUUGCCGUAGUGGGUUCAUUCCACUGCGAGUGAGCUUUGUAAGUUGUAGAAUCAUAGUUCCGUCGAAAUUUUUGGUCCAAGUCUGUCUUCUUGGGAUGAGGUGAGUGUUCUUGACCUUCCACCAUCCAUCCUUUCACUUCUCUCUAUUUCCCUGGGUGCAUAGUUUCAACGUAGGUCUCAAGGGCUAGAGCAUGGCCACUACUUCAUGUGGCGUACCCUCGCAACAUAUAAAAAGUACAAGAAUAUGUACGUAGCAUCGCACGGUUCCCGAGCCCCCGCGAUGUAAUGCCAACCCGCUCGCAACAAAAUAUGAAGCAUGAGGUAGGUGAAUCUAACAUGGAAUUAUUAGCCCUCUCCCCGGAUAAAUGGCGAUGGAGCGAGAGCUUGUGGCCUUGUACAGUACAAUGAGGUACGCUCGGGUGAUGUAACCUAGAACGAGCACUCGGAACACGCAAGAGAGAAAAUCUUUAUAUGAAUGUGUAAGUGCAAGAUGUAUGGCCCUGGCCUGUUGUCUUUGUCACCCAACAGCAGCGGCAGCAGACUUGCUCAGCGGUAGCAGCCGCAGCAGAUCGAAGUGCAGGACGAGGAGGAGGAGGACAACUUAAUUAGUAUUUCUCCAGCGGUCCUUUCGUCUUCAAUCGCUUGGUUACUACUCUCUCGGCGCUUGCAUGAAAAGAAGGGAGAAAGUGAGAGGCCGUGACAUAAUCACCAGUCUCGAGAAGUUUUGUUUAUUGACCAGACCGGAGGAGAGGAGUGGGUCGAUUCGAAAACAGCAAAUUCGAAAAGUAAAUGCCCUGAUCCGAGUGAUCUCAUGUGAUGCAAACAACCAGGUCACUUUCACCUCUCGGGAGGAGAGGUACCAUUUUAUACACUUCUAGCCUCUCCAUUCUGGCGCCUUCCAUUGAUUCUCGGGAGACCGGCCGCUGCUUCAUCAUCAGCUCUUUACAGCCUAGUGUUGCCUCAUGGACUCAUGCAAUCCGAGUGAACUUCGCGUUCAUUUCCAAUCACGGCUUCGCAGGAACAACAUCAAAAGCAAGAUGGAAUAUGUAGGCAAGUAUGGGAUCAGCAGUUUAAUACUUGGACUUGCAUUCAUCUGUUUGGAGGCAUGAUUUGCUCUCAGACAGUAGACGAUUCUCGUUUAUUUUACUCACUGACCUCUCACCGUUAUAGACGAAGACGGUAGGAGAGAGGGAGAAUUUUCUCUCAUUAUUUUAUUUUAGAUUCACUCCACUCUACUCCUGCCUUUAGGUCCAAUCAGUCCUGUGUGCUUGACACCUCCAGACCGCCUGAAAUAUGCCUCGGCCCUUUGGACUACCGCAUGGGGUGGGCGAGCAUUUUCCUGACAUCCCAUCACACCAGUCAUUGCAGUUUGGUAGCGUGUGCAUGAGAUUGCAAUCGAAAUGUAGUCAAAUGACUGAGUGGGUUCGUAGGUUUUUUCUUUAAAGGGUGUAGUAUGAUGAAACCAUCACUCGGUGCUGGUGGAAUCCAGCUUUCACCGAGACUUCGCUGAAUAUGAUAUUCAGCGUUUUCUCCGGGUUUCGUCUCUUUAUAUUUUUCUGACUUCGAUGAGGAACGCAAGAGGGGAUGACAUCGAAGUCUCGCUCACUUGUACUUUUGGAGGUGAUCGAAUGGCCCGAAAAUCAGGAUCUAACGCGACAAAAAGUGCCUCUUUUGUUAGCGUAAAGUCUCCGCAUUUCACUUUCGGACAUGACUAAAAACUCACUGAAAACCUUCCUCAUCUUCUCAGUCAUCAUAAUACCAGCUAAAAUCACCGUUUUUCUUCACAUUUCCAUCUGACAGAUGUUAUAAUUGGCAUCUUACAGUCUAAGAAUGUAGAGAAAAUCUUCACCUUCGUCUCCAUGCUUACUCAUGUCUUCUGGACAGGAGCCGAAGCCGAGUGCAAAUUCAACAAGCAAGUACACACAAUUGACCAAUUUCAGUAUCUCAGAAAAUUUAAUCGGCACGUGCUCAUACAUUAACACUACAAGAUCUGAAGUAACUGACAAGACGAGAAAUUACCC